AGAGAGCUCCCAAGAAAGCCUCGAUUGGUGGUGGAGGAGGGGAACUAUGAACUUCAUUCCUGAGUCCUGUCCCCAAAUCGCUUCAACCCCCUCUCCCCUCAAUCACCUGGCCCUUCAGCUGGGUCCCGCCUCAUUAUACAGCCUUAUGGUCCUUAAACCAGCCGAUGCUGCCUUGGCCCCUCAAUUUCCCACACUCCUAGGUCAGUUUCACUCUUUCCCCUCCCCCCUUGCGCUCCUCCCCUUUCCGGGAGCCUCGUGCUCUAGGCCUCGCGGAGGGGGAUGAGGGUGCCGAAGGGGGCGGGUCCGGCUCCAACCCCCACCCCACCCCCCAACUCAGGAGCCUGCGGGAUAUAAGGUGCAAGGCCGACUCGGGCUCGGUCCACACCAGGGUCCGGAGGAGCGAUGGUCACUCGGGAUCGAGCCGAGAAUAGGGACGGCCCCAAGAUGCUGAAGCCGCUUGUGGAGAAGCGGCGCCGGGACCGCAUCAACCGCAGCCUAGAAGAGCUGAGGCUGCUGCUGCUGGAGCAGACCCGGGACCAGAACCUCCGCAACCCGAAGCUGGAGAAAGCAGAGAUACUGGAGUUCGCCGUGGGCUACUUGAGGGAGCGAAGCCGGGUGGAGCCCCCGGGGGUUCUCCGGUCCCCAGCCCAGGACGCCGAGGCGCUCGCCAGCUGCUACCUGUCCGGCUUCCGCGAGUGCCUGCUCCGUCUGGCAGCCUUCGCGCACGACGCCAGCCCGGCCGCCCGCGCCCAGCUCUUCUCCGCGCUGCACGUCUAUCUGCGCCCCAAGCCGCCCCGGCCGGAGCCGCUAGAUGCGAGGCCCCACGCGCCGCUCUUGCUUUUCAUGGCCCAAGCCCCGGGGCAGACAGCCAAAGUCACCACCGCCUUCCACUCUCUGGUAUUCGGGACAGCCUCGGUGUUAGCCAAGACUCGAUGGGACCUGCGGAAAGAGCCUGCGCCCGGGCCCGGCUCUGGCCGCUGGGGCGGGUGCGCUGCGAAGGCGGGGCCGCUGCAGUCCCGGGUCUGGCCGCGAAGGGCCGCUGUCGGCUGUGGGCCACCUCGGCGGAUCGCUCUCCCAGCAAGCGGGGUGACCCAGAUGCCCGACACUGUCCCGCCGCCCCGACUGCCCCGGGCGGGCCCAGAGCGGAACGGAUGUCAUACUGGGCCACCCGACGCCGAGAGCCCGGAGUCCACUUUGGCCCCCUGA